UAUACGGAGGGUUAGGUUACUAGCAGACCUGUGACAUUCACUGUUCUCAUGUCUGUGUCAACUGUAUAAAUAUCUCAAAAUGAACACCGUGUUGUCGUCUUUUUCCCGACUGCGUGGAAUAAUCUAUUUCAGCAGCAGCAUCGCUUCAGGGAAACUUGCAACAACAGGCACCUCCCGUCUCAGAUUAUUCAGCUACUGGAUUGCACCCAGAGCAGCUGCAGGACCUCAGAUUUCUAGAUGUGGACCGCUUUCUUCGCAAGCUGAGGGAUCAGGAGUGUUCCAGCAGCUUCCGUGGCAAUACCAGCAGGUGCGGACACGGAAGAGAGGCACAGAAUAUCAGCCCAAGAACAUCAAACGCAAGAGGACCCAUGGUUGGAUCAAGAGAGUCAGCUCACAAGGAGGCAUAGAGGUGAUCCUACGGCGCAUGUUGAAGGGACGGAAAUCACUCACGCACUGAAGGUUCCAGUCGGAAAACCUGUUAAGACUUUCAAGAAACAGACAUUAAUUCUGAAAUACUGGAGGUGCUCAGCAAAUGGGAAAGAAAAUGUGUAUUGGGUUAACUGGUGAUACUGGGUGUGGGUGGGGUUUAGCAUUCAAACUGCAUUCAUAAUGGGCAGAAAAAUGGACUGGUCUUUGACAAACAAGUUGCAUUUCACUUGGGUUAAAAGAAGGCUGGUCAUUUCACCCAAUCAGUUUUAAUGGGGCUUGAUUUCAUACAUAUUGAAUAACAACUCAACAUCUCUGUAAAGUUAUGGUCAUAAUCAUUAAAUGUAUGCAGAUUUAUGUUUUGUUUUUUUGCUUGUGUGAUAUCAUUUGGUUGAAAGACAAAAAUGUGUCUUUAAUAAAAAUGAGCUUGUAAAAUCAAUGUUAUCUUAGUUGUUGUUAAAUAAAAACACCCAAUUCUGGUUGACUUGGAAAUAAAAGCCAUCUCUGCAGAAUUUACAGUAAAUGCAGAUAUUUCACAUUUACAUUUAUUCAACUGAAGGAUAGAUAGAUAGAUAGAGAAGCAGGAGAGGAGGACUGCUUUCAGACCUGGUGGUUCUGUGUUACACCAGACAGGGUAACAGAGUUCCCUCAGCAGACUGUCAUUUACAAACCAAGAAAUAGUUGAAAAUAAUAAUUUCAACUAUUAUUAUUUUCAACUAUUUCUUGGUUUGUAAAUAGUUGAAAAUAAUAAUUUGUGGCAACUAAAAAUUAGACAAAGAAAUCUGGAAUUAACCAAUAUUUUUAUAUGAGAGACAAUACACAUGCACAUGACUAACGAAAAUAAAUCAGCACUUACAGUGUAUGAUAGUGAGUGAAUAAUCUACAGUUUUAGAAAAUAUUUUACAGUUGAUGGAUAAGUAGUAGGUAGGAGUUUGAAUGUAGUUUUGGAAUUAAAUUGAUUUUAAAAUA